AACAGCCCGUUAACAGUUUGCACGUUAACAACUUAAGAACACAGAUACUUGGGUAAGUUCCAUGUUGGUGCGCAAAGUAAAUGAAAGGUGAAAUUUUAUGCGCAUUUGGACACCUUUGUCAACGCUUAUUUGCGCAAAAUAAUAAGUUCCAAGUGUUUAUUGUUGUUGGUGGACCAGCACACACAAAUACAUAGAGAAGUUGGCUCUCUUAGCGCUGACAGAACAAGAACCAGUGGAAAACGCAAAGCACAACAACAGUAGCAGCAGCAAGAAACAGAACAGUAAUAAAAACAACAACAACGUUUGCGCCAGCGAUCCCAGCGAAAUGGCUAAUACAAAUAUGAUUACUAGCAAUCACAACAGUAACAGCAACAGCAACACCACCGCCUACACUUACAACAAUUACAACAGUGUUAGUGCUGACAGCGGCAACAGCAGUGGUAGCAACGGUGGCGGCGGCAGCGAGGUGCAAACGCUUCGCGAAGUUUGUAACAUGCUCAACACAGGCGCUCCGAGCAGCUAUAUGAUACCAACAGGUGGUUGUGUGUAUGAUCACAUUAUAACGAUGAUGCGCGGCCUUAAUCUGCAGGACGACGGCAUUGUCCUUAACAACAAAAUCAAGGCUAUCGAAACCGAUUUCUGCAACAUUGUGCGCGACGAGUCGAUGCUAUGUGAAUCCAUGGAGUACAUGAAUAACAAAGCCCUAUUGGAUGCUGAGACAGCACUGAAGUUUGCUUUAUUGUUCUCCUCGCGCAACUUUGACGCCCUUGCUAUGAACGAGACAAAAGUGCGCAGCGCCAUGCUUAAGAUCCUGGAGACGAACUACAUCAAUGCCGAUGCGUACCGACAGCACGAUAAGAAUCGAUUGUACAACUCUAUAACGUUGCUGGGCGAGUACUACAAUCGAGUUCGUCUUGCGAACAAUGCUCCAAUCACAAUUCUGGGCGAUUCACUCCUCACUUUGUUAACGCGCGAAAUAAACGAUGUUUCCGUGGUGAUGAGCACGCGCCUAGCCCGCUUAGUGCUCUCCCAGAUCACACUCAAUGGUGAAAUAAUGCGCACCCGCCACAAGACAGAAAUCGAUCAGCUAUUAUACCAUGUCCGGCGACAUCUGAUCAUGCAGCCAGCGCUGACAGACAAAGUAAAGGCGAUGCUGCUAAUGGUGCUUGACUUGUUCUAUAGCCAUUUCAAGAAUGUCGGCCAAGAGCUGGAAGCCAUGUACACAAACUAUUUGGCCAUCGAUGAAGACGAGGAUAAUGGCUUCAAUAACAACAACAACAGCAACAAUAACAACAGCAGCAACAGCAACAGCAAUGGAGCCGACAUGCAGCCACAGACCGACUCUUUCAGCGGGCAAAGUGCGGCCACCUGUUACAGCGACGAGGAGAACGGCAGCAGCGCUAACACCUCGGCCCAGGAGGUGCCCAAGAAAUGGAGUGAGCAGGUCUGUGAAGAUUCACUAUGUGACAUUGUUUAUGGCGAGACACCGGCCAAUGGAGAUGAGCAGCAAAAGUUGUUCGAUAACGCUGGCAGUACCUAUGAAUGUGGCUUGCCCAGUUCCAGCCGCCAAGCCCGACGUGGUUAUCAGCCCCGACAUGUGCCACGUCCCUUAAAGCAGGCCCAAGCUCAGACGGCACAUGCAAACAAUGUCAACUCCGAUCAGUAUGCAUCUAUGGCCAGCAGCGAGGAUCGCGAUGAGUCAAAGCCGCUACCAAGCUGGCGCAAGACACGUUUCAAUCGUGGCAAUGACGGCGAUCAGUCGAAUGGCCGUUCCCGUCACGAUCAACAGCGCCGCUACAGUGUCAGCUGCGAUGACGAUCAUCAGAGUGUGCGCAGCGAGGGUCGCGGUGGUAAUUUGCGCCUGUACAGCAUAGAUGAUCGUAGAAAGCAUUCGGAGGAACGAUACGAGCGCAAUCUGGGCGGCGGCAGCAAUUAUAAUAAUAUUGUGAACUCCAAUUGGGAUCAACGCGACGAUCGAAGCGAACGUUCCUACAUAAGUAAUUAUGAGCGUGGAAAUAGCUACAAACGCGGUGGACGCUAUAACAAUCACAAUCGCAACACGUACGACAAACCGCCUCGUUUCCAGAAGCAGCAGCAGCAGCAACAGCAAAGUCAACAGCAGCAGCAGCAACAACCACAACAGCAAAAGAUCCACAGUGAAACUUGGCGUCGCUCAAAUACAGCCAUUAAUAAUGCAUAUCAGGAUGAGAAUUGUGCUUACAAUUCGAAUGGACCAGAGUCGAACAGUCGCAGCUCUUCGCGUGCACGGACGCUGCCACGUCCGCCCAAAUCUCAAAUGGACGAUGGUGGAAGGAAGUCAAGCGCGAGCUAUCGUUACAGCCAGAGCCCAACGCGUGGUGCUGGAGGCGCACCUCGCAAUUUUCCGCGAUACAGCAGUCAGAGCAGCUUAGCCAGCGAGGCAUCGAGCACUUUUGAUCGUCGCCAGCAAUCGUCACGUCCACAUCAGCAUCCACAUCAAAAUCAGCAUCCGCAUCAACCGCAACGCCAUCGCAAUUUUACACGUCGUUCACAGCCCAACAUACACCAGCCGCAGGAGCCAAAUCCGCAACAACAACAACACCAACAACAACAGCAGCAGAAACCACAAUCGAAUGUUGACAACUGGCAUGGGGAUGGUGACAAAGAUGAGAGUGAGCUGGUGCGCAAUGCGCAACAGACAACACAAUAUAUGAACUAUCUAUCCUCACAGAAAUGAGAACUACGAGCACGCUGCAAAAGAGCUCAACAGCCACAGCAGCGUGGUCGUCAUCGUCGCAUCACCAGAAACUACAAAUGCAUGGAGUGAUUACAAAAACAAGCAACAAAAUAAGCACGAGUAUGAUUGUAAAAUAUUUGUUUUAAAAUUGAAAGUCUGCAACGAGAUUUAGUUUCUAACGUUUUAAAAAGCUGCCCAAUUCUCUCUCUCUUCUCUUCCUGCACUCAAGUAAUCAAUUAGUACUUUUUUGCUUUUCAUUUAAAUAUCAUUAUGUAUUAGAAUAUUUGAAUUUUUUGUACGAGUAUAUAUCGGAUAUUAAGUCCACCUAUUCAAUUGUAUAGUUUAUAAUUGUGCCGUUCAUUUAAUAUGUUGUUUACAAUAUAGUAGAGACUGUUUCUAAUCUACAAAUUGAGCUCAAAUGUUUUGAACCUAACUCGUGGCCAUUUUGCAUCUAAUCUCCAAUUUCCCCGCCUCAAAUAACAAACAAAUACAACAAAUAUGAAAUUAAAUCAAACGUAAACACAAAUCAAGAUAGGCUCAAGUACCAAUUUUAAAUCGAGAGAAUAUUUAUAUAUACAUUUAUAUAAAAUAAAUCGGAAUCAAUUUAUGCUUAUCCAUAAACAAAAUGUAAAUAUCUAUUGUUAUCGACGACGGAUCGAUCAGUAUAUAAAUCCCAACAUACAUGCAUACACUCACACACACACACAUAAAUAUAUAUAGAUACACAUACACAAAUAAACAGAAAAACAUGUUUUAUAAAAAUUUUGUUAGAAACUAAGUACAAAAGUCAUAAACAUGAAACAAAAAUCCUAUUUCUAAUAUAAUUGUAUGAAUAAAAUGAGAAAAUUAUGUUGUUUAAAUGUUA